AUGAACGGCUACACCAAUGGCGCGCACGGCGUCGGCGCAGACGGAUGGGGAAGCGGCGACGGCGCUGGUGACUCCAGAGGCCCAGUUGGCCCAUUCCCGCCCAUCGCCGAAAUCAUAGCCUCUGCGACAGACACGGCCGAGUCGCUAAAACACCAUUCGAUCAAACUCCUCCUUGAACGAGCCAGGGGGCACUUCAACUCGGCCAAGAACAUGCUCAACAACCGCUCUCCCGCCGGCGCCUACUGGGAAUACAUUGUCGCAUACCAGAUCGUCGCCGAACUGAUACCCACCCACCGCGACUACUACGACAAGAUCAACGGCAGCCGAAGCCAGAUCCACCGCGACUUCAACGAGCUUAUGAAAGAGAUCAAGUCAAACGAAGAGCGGUUUGUGCGCAUAAAGGACAUUAUAAAGAACGACAACAAGAGGAACGGCGCACACCACAGGACGACCUCUACACCCCCCUCUACAACACAAAGCAACCGCAAUGGCAUGAUUGCGAUGCGGAAAGACGACGAGCUGAUGCUUCCUGAAGUCCCCACCGGGCUGCCAAACGGUCGAGCGUCACCUGCGGCCUCUCUGGAUUCUUCACGGAGAAAACCCCCCGUGCAACCGAAACCGCAAUCGCUGCAUGGGCGGGCUGUGCACCAGAGCAUAUCGAAUGUCAACGGAGUGAAUGAUCUUGCUCAGCGGUUCGCGAAUCUGAGAGGCACCGGUCCCCUAGUCGAUACAUCGCCACGCCCCAGCCAGGAUCUGUCCGUCAAGAUGCCCUCUCCUGCAGACUACCACUCUACAAACCGGAUCAUGGGUCCACGGGGCAUGCCACCGCCACCCCUUCACAUGCCUCCGCCGCCACCGAAGCUGCCUCUAGAUACACAAUUCGCGGCUUCACUACCGAAGGAGCCUAGUCCUACCUAUAGUCCAGCGAGGAACAUCUCAGGUCCUUCGAGCAUCAACGCACCUCGGAGUACACCCAGGAGUUUGAACGGGACCGGGGGCCGUACCAAUUCACUUGCCGCCUCAAGUGCAUCAGCGUAUGCACCCAACGCAAACAGUGCGCCCGACUCAUACUUUCCCGCGCAAACCCUUCGAGAUGGUAAUGGGCGAACGAGGUCUGUCAGCAAGACGGUUGAACUUGAGAUCGAUGCCAGCAUGCUUUACGACUACUACCGCAUGUACAAUGUACUCACCAUCGACGUACGAGACAGGACAGACUUCGACGCUGGGCACAUCUUUGUGCGUAACAUCAUGUGCAUAGAGCCAUUGACAUUGCGCGAUGGCGACUCCGCCGAACAGCUUCUGGACCGUCUCAUCAUAUCGCCGGAUGAGGAACAAGACAUGUUCGACAAGAGGGCCGACUUCGAUGUGGUCGUAUAUUACGAUGAGUCGACAAGGAACAUCGACUUCAUGCAUACACACAACCGAUCUGAUAGCGAGAUUGCGUUGAAGCGAUUAUUCGAUACCCUGCACGAGUUCAACGCCGAUAAACCGCUCAGGCGUCCUCCGGUUCUGCUCAAAGGCGGUCUAGAUGCUUGGAUGGACUUGGUAGGCCCACAGGCUUUGAAGACGUCGAACACUGCUGGACAAGUGGCCGCUGGUCCGACGCGGGCUCGGGCCAUACGACGAUCGCCAGCUGCCAGCCAUAUCGCGAGGAACAAUACGCAGAGAAGGUCGAAACGCGAAUACGUCCCCAUGGACCAAGAAGAGCAGCAACAAUGGCUGGAGGAGGCUCGAAAAGGGCGUGCUGCAGUGGAAGUGCCUCCGGCAGAUGGUGAGGAGGAAGAUGAACCUACGCAGGAUUUCUACCGUUCGACAGAAGAGUUCCUACGCCGAUACCCCGAUGUUGAAGCCGAGCAGUCAUCUAUGAUGUACCCGUCGAAGUUUCAGUCGACCAAUCAAUACGUCGCACCUGCCAUACCCGUUGCGCCUUCGCGGCCGCCGCCUUCUGUUCCUAGGGUGAGCUACAGUGGCGUACACGAUCGGCAAGAACAGAACCGCAAUGUCGUCUACAACGGACAACCUCAGUUUAGUAACCUUAGGCUACAUAGGACGGGCCUGCUGAACUUUGGUGUCACGUGCUACAUGAACUCGGUGGUGCAGUGUCUCAGUGGGCAUCUAUUGCUUUCAGAUCUGUUCCUCACCGGACGAUAUCAGCGAGACCUGCAGCGAGAUAACUGGAAAGGAACAAAGGGGAUCUUACCAGAGGCGUACGCGACGCUACUGUCUAAUCUGUACAAGGGCGAUGUCACGUCCGUGCGCCCAAGCACGUUCAGGCGCAUCUGCGGACACUUCAACUCGCAGUGGGGCAUUGAUGAGCAGCAAGACGCCAAGGAGUUCCUGGAAUUCGUUCUAGACUACAUGCACGAAGACUUGAACCUGACCUGGAACAAGCCGCCACUCAAGCCACUUUCGGAUCAGGAAGAGUUGCAACGAGAGAGGUUUCCCCGCCAGUAUUCGGCAAUGAUCGAGUGGCGAAGAUACCAACACCGCGACAUGUCCGUCAUUGGUGGCCUGUUUGCCGGCCAGCACGCGUCGCAGCUGACAUGCCAAACAUGCGGCGUGACAAGUACAACAUACGAAGCCUUCUGGAGUAUCAGCGUCGAGAUUCCCCGAGACGGCGAAUGCGACCUGCGCCAUUGUCUCAACUCAUACUGCGCACCAGAGCGUCUAGCAGGCGACGAACUAUGGCGUUGCCCUCGCUGCAAGAAAGACCGCGAAGCCGUAAAGAAAAUCACCAUCACCCGCGCCCCCGACACCCUCGUCAUCCACUUCAAGCGCUUCAGCGCCUCGCGCACGGAAAGCGCCCGGAAAGUCCGGACGCCUGUCAAUUUCCCGCUCCAACGUCUCGACAUGGGUCCCUUUGUCGAACCACCCAUGACGCCAGAACAAGAAAGAUACGUGAGUGAAAAGGCCCGAGAUGGACCUGCGCAACUUGCUGGUGUCAAGAGCGAUCCUACUAUGAAUGGGCCGUAUGUCUACAACGCCUAUGCUGUCAUAUGGCAUAUUGGUGCUACGCUAGGAAGCGGACAUUACAUCGCGUUCGUCAAGGAUAAGUCUAGGGGAUGUUGGCGUUCGUUCAACGACGAUAAGAUCACGGACUUUGAUCCUGGGAAUCUUCCACCACACAACCGUCUGCAGAAUGAGAAGGCGUAUAUUGUUUUCUAUGAGAGGGAGAGGGUUGCUGGUGGCGGCCUCGACACCUCCACGAUCCUGAAAUGGCUCAUCGAGGAGGGCUAUGAGGUCGUCUGCUUCCUCGCCAACGUCGGCCAGGAAGAGCCCUGGGACGAGGUGGAGAAGAAGGCGCUCAAGAUCGGCGCGAAGAAGAUGGUCAUCCUAGACCUGCAAAAGGAAUUCGUCGAGGAACUCUGCUUCCGCGCCGUCCAGUGCAACGCUUCAUACGAAGGCCGCUACCUCCUCGGCACCUCGCUGGCCCGCCCCGUCAUCGCCCGCGCACAGAUCCGCGUCGCGCAACAAGAAGGCUGUGGGUUCGUCUCGCACGGCUGCACCGGCAAGGGCAACGAUCAGGUCCGCUUCGAGCUGGCUUUCUACACACUUCAGCCUACUAUCAAGGUUAUUGCGCCGUGGAGGCUGCCGGAGUUCUGCGACCGCUUCAAGGGCAGGCAGGAUCUGCUUGACUAUGCGGAGCAGCAUGGUAUUCCGGUUACGUCUACCAAGGCGAAGCCCUGGUCUAUGGACGCCAACUUGGCUCACUGCAGCUACGAGGCCGGCAUCCUCGAGGACCCCGACGUGUCUCCCCCAGACGACAUGUGGACCAUGACCGACUCCCCCCUCAACGCCCCCAACGAACCCACCGACAUAACCGUCCACUUCGAAAAGGGCAUCCCCGUCAAACUCACCACCCCCUCGGAGACCUACACCGACUCCGUGGAGCUCUUCACCGCCCUCAACAAACUCGGCUUCACCCACGGCAUCGGCCGCAUCGACAUCGUCGAGAACCGUUUCAUCGGCCUCAAAUCGCGCGGCUGCUACGACUCGCCCGCCAUGACCAUCCUCCGCCUCGCCCAUCUCGACCUCGAGGGCCUCGUCAUGGACGCCCAGGUGCGCAACCUGCGCGACCAGUUCGUGUCCCACAACUGGAGCUACCAGCUCUACAACGGCAUGUACUUCUCUCCUGAGCGCGAGUUCAUCGAGAACAGUCUGCUCUUCUCGCAGCGCAGGGUCAACGGCGAGGUCAGGUUGAAGCUGUACAAGGGUAACGCGUAUGUGCUUGGUCGGUCUAGUCAGACGGAGAAGCUGUACUCUGAGGAGGAGGCUAGUAUGGAUACGUUGGAUAACUUUAGUCCUAUGGAUACUACGGGCUUUAUUGCUAUUCAGAGCAUUCGUCUCAAGAAGUACGGUCUUCAGAAGGCGGAGGAGGGCGAGAACAUGUCGAGGGCUUAG